AUGUCCGCCGUACAGUACUCUGGUCCCCUCCCGCCCAAGAGGAAGGGCGAGCUCCAGGAAAUUGCUGAAAAGCUCUCUAUUGAUGCCUCUGGAACAAAAGAUGAACUUCAAGCGCGUAUUAAAGCGCAUCUGGACGCCAAAGACCUCUCAGAGGAUCCCGUGUUCGGAGGGUUGUAUACCUCGAAAAGAAAGAUGAUGCGCAAAGAGAGCGGACUCGCCAGUUCUAUGACGCAGUCUGUCGUCAGCGAUACUGAGACAUCCUCCCUUCUCAAGCGCAAGGGCUCUACGCGUCACAAGCAGACUCCUCCACCCCCUGAAGUUGAAGCCGAGGGAGCAACGGGGACGCUGACGGCACCUCCAUCACCCGUGCGCGCUUUGAUCGAGAACGUCGAUGCCGCCAUUUCCAACGUCGUAGACAAGGAUGCUCUCGUCCAAGCUGCUGGACAGCGGAGCGUGCAGCUCCGCGCUCGCGCCGUUGAGUAUCUAGACAGCUCUCGCAAGUUCCUAUCCAAUGCGACGAACAUUGCGAGUGUCACUGUCCUUCUCGAAUUUUUGUUCAUUCUCUACGUCAUGGUUCCCUGGCAAUACUAUGAGAUUCCUGUUGAUAAAGCAGGAAGUGGAUCUUCCGUCGUGAUCCCAUAUCCUCCACUGUCAUACCUACUCAGUACUCAUCUCUACAAGGAGCUCUCGUAUUGGUUCAUCCCUACAGUUCUCCUCCCACAAGCCGCGGGGACUCUAAUUUCAUUCUCCACCCCUCGCAAGGACGUUGAUCCGCUGAGCGCUGGAAUUGUCAAACUCGCACUUGCGGUCAUUCUCGAUGAUUCUUGGUUUGCCGUCCAGGGCAAGACUGUUUCUCAGUGGCGUGUCGUUGGCGCUGCCACCAGCCUGGCAUUUGCUCUCGCUGAAGCCACCGAGGAGCGCCGUGUGGUCAUGCGCCAACAGCAUGACCAUUAA